AUGUCAAACGUCUAUACUCAGCUGCAGAAACUAUCAAAGAACUUCAGGACCAAGACAGUUGGGGAAGUUCUCAAGGAUCUCGCUGGCAUCAUUGCCCUCGGGGUGCUUUCCAGCGUCCAGAUUGUGAUAGAUGCACUAUUCGAUGUUCUUGUCGAUGUUGCUGAUGAUGUCAUCGGUCUCCUGGAUACAAAGAUUCAUAUCCCCGUCAUCUCUGACAUUCUAAACGACGUUGGCAUACCCGACAUAUCCUAUAUGGACCUGAUAUGCUGGCUCCCAUCGUUCUCGUACACGGUUAUAUACAAGAUUGCUCACCAGAAGGCCCCAUUUGCUGCCGACGACGCCGAAGUACAGGCGUUCAUUGCCGCGGAUUCCUGGGGGACAAUGCAGGCGAUCUUGAGACCGGACUCCUCAAAGUCGCCGGUCUCGGAAUCUCUUGGCAUAGCUGCUACUCAUCGCGCCGUGAACGCCGUUCCCAAGUCAGCAAAUGCCUCUGUGAUGCCUCAACAACUUGACAGCGCAUGCAUCAGCGAGACCUCCCCGACUUCGAUCUCUUCCUUCGCCUCGACAAGGGUGGCUAGCACAGCACCCACAUCCCCUGCCUCCCUAAAGUCACCGCCAUCGCCGCUUGCUGAGCGCAUCUAUCAACUUGGCCACUUUGUCGGCAGCUGUACGAGCAUCAUGUCAAUUUUUGUCGACGCCGAGGAAGCUUCACUUGAACCAGGCAACCCCCUGGCCAUGCAAUCAGCGUGCAUAAGUGUUGUCGGCGGCGUCUCCUCAAGCAUAGCUGACUUCGCCGUACCAAGAGACCCCAUUCAGAGUACGGCCGCAAUUAAAUGGUCUUACGGGAUCCUUGGAGUCCGAUUCCUCAGCAUUCUUUUUUUCACCCCUUUUGCACAGGGACGCCUCGAAGCCUAUGGCGCCCACCCUGUCUUUGUCGACCGUGAGGAACGCCCCAAGGGGGCAAAGCUCGAUGCUAUCAUCGCCAUACCGGCAGUGUUUGUAACGCUUGAGCAUUUCUGUGAGCUUUAUCACAACAAUCUAAGCCUAGAUGCAACGGCGGCUGUCUUGGGCGAGUUGACCAAUGUGGCAUCCUAUGUGUCGCGGAUCUGCUAUGGUAUUGCCGUCAAUAUAAAUAUAGCGGUAGAAAGGGAGGAGCCAAUCAAAUACAUGUCAUAUGCAAACGCAGCUUGCGCCGCCCUGGAGGCCGCGCAGGGCGCAGUACCAAUGUAG